CGGCAGGGGCGGAGGCGGCCGCAGCUAGCGCCCUGCCCGGCGCUGCCUCCCUCGGCGCGCUCGUCCGGCGGACCCGCAGGCGGCGGACCGGCUCCAGGCUGCAGGGAAGGGCCCUGCCUCCGCGAGGAACCGUUGGUGGUGAGGCCCGCUCGGAAGGAAGUAAGACGUUGCCAUCACAGGUUGGGGCUCAGCUACAUUUCCAGAACCAUCUAGUCAAGAUGGUAGACACAGAAAGUCCGAUUUGCCCCCUCUCCCCACUCGAGGCUGAUGAUCUGGAAAGCCCAUUAUCUGAAGAAUUUCUACAAGAAAUGGGAAACAUCCAAGAGAUUUCUCAAUCCAUUGGUGAGGACAGUUCUGGAAGCUUUAGUUUCACAGAAUACCAGUAUUUAGGAAGCGGCCCAGGAUCUGAUGGAUCUGUUAUUACAGACACCCUCUCACCAGCUUCAAGCCCCUCGUCGGUCACUUACCCAGUGGCUCCCGGUAGUGCUGAUGAACCUUCCAGCAUAGCCUUGAACAUUGAAUGCAGAAUCUGUGGGGACAAAGCCUCAGGCUACCAUUACGGAGUUCAUGCGUGUGAAGGCUGCAAGGGUUUCUUCCGGAGGACCAUCCGGCUGAAGCUGGCCUAUGACAAAUGUGACCGCAGCUGCAAGAUUCAGAAGAAGAACCGGAAUAAGUGCCAAUACUGUCGUUUCCACAAGUGCCUUUCGGUCGGGAUGUCCCAUAACGCAAUUCGCUUUGGACGAAUGCCAAGAUCUGAAAAAGCAAAACUGAAAGCGGAAAUUCUCACCUGUGAACAUGACCCAGAAGAUGCAGAAACGGCAGAUCUGAAGUCCCUCGCCAAGAGAAUUUAUGAGGCCUACCUCAAGAACUUCAACAUGAACAAGGUCAAGGCCCGGGUCAUCCUCGCGGGGAAGGCCAGCAAUAACCCGCCCUUUGUCAUACACGACAUGGAGACAUUGUGUAUGGCUGAGAAGACUCUGGUGGCCAAGUUGGUGGCCAAUGGCAUCCAGAACAAGGAGGCAGAAGUCCGCAUCUUCCACUGCUGCCAGUGCACGUCCGUGGAGACCGUCACUGAGCUCACUGAGUUCGCCAAGUCCAUCCCUGGCUUCGCCAACUUGGACUUGAAUGAUCAGGUCACUUUGCUGAAAUAUGGAGUUUAUGAGGCCAUAUUUGCCAUGCUGUCUUCUGUGAUGAAUAAAGACGGGAUGCUGGUAGCAUAUGGAAAUGGUUUUAUAACUCGUGAAUUCCUAAAGAGCCUAAGGAAACCAUUUUGUGAUAUCAUGGAACCUAAGUUUGAUUUUGCAAUGAAGUUCAACGCGCUAGAGCUGGACGACAGUGAUAUUUCCCUUUUUGUGGCUGCUAUAAUUUGCUGUGGAGAUCGUCCUGGCCUUCUAAACGUGGGACACAUUGAAAAAAUGCAGGAGGGCAUUGUGCACGUGCUCAAACUUCACUUGCAGACCAACCACCCAGACAACACCUUCCUCUUCCCAAAACUCCUUCAAAAAAUGGCAGACCUCCGGCAGCUCGUCACAGAGCACGCGCAGCUCGUGCAGGUCAUCAAAAAGACGGAGUCUGACGCUGCCCUGCACCCGCUGCUGCAAGAAAUCUACAGGGACAUGUACUGAGGGCUUGAAAGUGAGACACACAAGCCACGUGCCAAGGACUUCUAAAGUCAACAGCACUACAGAUGGGAAACGGGAGCAACGUCGGCUUUGCACAAAUUCCACCAUUUUCACCUCAGAGAAUGGGAUGGAUGAGCCCUAGGUAACCGGAACCCUAGACCACAUUUCCUUCUUUUUCACACCAGUACUUCUGAGAACGUGUGAAGUAUUAAAAUGCUGGUGACAGGUAGCUGAUAGGCAGUUCUUAGAAAAUUAAGGGGAAUGAUGCCCAGCGGUCUGAUUUUAACUCACCUGAUGUUAAUCAAUGCAGAUUUCUCGAUAUCACAUGAGUAACAUAGCGCUGAAUUAACUGGUGACCUCGAAAUACGUGGUCUGUCUUUGCCUUUUGCUGCCUUUUGACUGUUGCGCUCCCUUAUCGUUUUAAAAACUAAUCAGCACUUUUUAACUUUUAUAAUCCUGUAAAUCUAGAUGAAUCCAAAGGUUAGGUAUUUUUAAAAAGCAGCAAAAUAUUUAUUGGGAAGACUCUGAUUCUGUUUCUUGAAUUUGAAGACAGACAACAUGCUGUUUCUUAAUCAUAGGAUUUAAAAUUUCAGAGGAUUCUUUGAUAAGCUAUCCGAACGCAGCAGUCGGUUGGUUUUCAUUGUGUUCGUGGUUGUGACUUAAUAGGGCGGAAGGGCCUGUUUCCAGGUUUGUGUAGAAGAUCCCAGAAAGCCGCAUCUCAAGACUCCCCCUGGACUCGAUGCUCUGCCUGUUUCGAGCUGGCAUCUGGAGUCAGCAGGAGCAAGACAAACGGAAUGUAUGUCAGCUGUCCAUCCCUCUGACCUGUUUCCUAUCAAAUCGGAACCAACCGAGUCAGAUUGUUUGGGGGCCAUGAUAGCGUUUUCGGGGGCAAACUGACAAGUUGUUUGUCAGUGUUCCUCUGGGCCCCAUGUGUCAAGGCAGCUCCUUGGCCUUUUCCUGUGUUGCUUUUUAAAAUACGCAGCUUUAUUUUUUUAACUGUCGGUGGUAGUAGCUGCUCCCAAGGGUGUAGAAGGUGAGGCGAACAGGACUUUGGAGCAUGGGCCCCAAGGGACCACGUAGAGAAUGAGGGGGACAGGCACAGAGUCCUUCGUGGGGCAGUUUUCCAAUUACAUAGGGAAGGCGGCUUUCCCAACAUCUGAAACAUUUGUUUCAGCCUCAAAGAUCAUUUCUCAACCCCGGUCUGGUUCUGAAAGCGGUGUUGAUAGUGGUUUUCGUCCAGAGCAUAUGGACCUGGAGAGAUUCUCUCUUUCUGUCCACCGUGGUACGUAAAUGUCCCAGCAGGGGAUUUACAGCAGCCCCGCCCUCAAGGCCACCCCGGCCUGAGCCUGCCAGAGCUGGCACCUCCGCAGGGGGCUCACUGGCCACGUGCCCCUGCCUGACCCCCUGCCUCAUGGCAGCUCGUAGCACCUGGUUGUGCCUUUGGCGCCCCGCCCCCGUCUCUAGAAAACAUGGCUCUAGAAGGUCGCUACUACUUGCUCUGGAAGAAUGAUUAGGAUUGAAAUUGAUAAAGUUCCCAAGGUCAGCAUCAUGGAAAUUCGACAGGAGAGAGAACGAUAAAACUGUGAGGCUUCAACUAGAAAAGGUGAACGUGAAAACGGGCACAUCCUCCUCAAAAUUAAACCUUAGUGGUAGUUUUCAUUUUUAUUUUGUUGAGACAUCCAAUCAAAGGAUCUGUUGGAAGCAAAUAAAAGUAUUUCCACGUAUGAAUGAUACCAGUCCAGAGGUCGUCCAGAGUCAGAGGGCACGCACGUCCACGUGGGCGUUCUUCCCUAAGACAAGGCCCCCUCGGGCCGGUGCCACGUCUUUGUUGCCGCUGGCAACCACUGGCCUCUCUUCUCAGGUGUCCCAGGCAGAUGCCAUUUGUGGAUGUGGCCUCAGAAAGGGACCCUCAAGACCCAGGCUUUCAGAAAAGUCGCUCACUCUGGUUCUGUUUUCAUAAAACUUAUUUUUAAAAAGCUCCUUGUUUCAUGCAUUCUGCCACCAAAGUCACGGGUUCUGUAGUGCUAGUGUUAGCCUUUGGCUCUCUUGGGGCCCGGCUGGACUCCCAGCGAUGUUCCCGGUGAGGCCACGAAGGAGGAUGCAGAGAGCACAGCUCGAAAGUCACUUGAAUUCGUUCACUGGUACGGAUGGGAAGAAAAUCACAGAUUCCCGUUCAUUUUAAGUAACAGUCACUGACUGCCAAGCAGAAUGUUUGGGCCAUCUAGUCAAAGAUUUCUCAGACCACCGAUAGUCAGAUACAGACAGAUCAUUCACCAGUUCAGAAUACUGUCGCGUUUCCAGUAAAGGCUUGUUAAAGCGCAUUUAUUGCCUGCUGCACUUCAGCAGACGUCAGCAUGAAGUGGGGUAGAUAUGACAGAACAGGUUCGAGAAGCCUCAGACCAGAGCACGGAGCCCCUCCUCUGCUGGGGAACUCGGCAGGUGGUGCAGCUUCCCCUCACCACCACCCUGAUGCCCUUCAGCAAGUCACUGUUUGUAGCCACAAGUCCCAAAUGCCUCAGAGACCACAAAAUUACAAACAGCCUUUGUCUGCAGGACUGACAAGGAACGAGUCCUGAACCCAGCAGGCAGCUCCAGCUCAGGAGCCAGCCUGGCCCUCUCUCCCCAGUCCCACAGGGUCCCUCCCCUUCGUCCUCCCGGGCAUUUCCAGCUGGGUGUCCCACACGCAGAAUCCUGCCCCUGCCACCUUGAGGUCUGCACACACCAGUGGCCAUCUUGGGGAAGCCCAGCAUCAUCAAAACCAGUACGCUGGCAACUGCAUCAGCACGAGCGAGAGGCAGGGACAGUUUGGGAAUCAUCAAAGCGCCAGUGAGCCGCUCCUUUCUUCCCGCCUUGCUCUCGAGUUUCCGUGGCCUUCCUAUAACUCUCGGAUGAGAUGCACUCCAAGCAUCUCCCCGAAGAGUAGGUGUACAUAUGUCAAUAAGAAUGUGAAGUCCAGGAGAAGAACCUUGGUGCGUGGUGCAUUCAGGAAUGCUUGUGAGAGCUAUCCUUGUUUUAAAGGGACUCUUCAUUUUAAGAGCAAGCAUGUAUCCUUCUGCAUUUUGGAUGCAUUUCUUACACUGGGCCAUCUGAAACUCUAAGGCAACGAACAACCUCAAGGAUCAUGUGGGGGUUCCAGAGACAGGGCAGCAUCCUAAGAUCUGAGCAGAAGCUCAAGGCUCAAGUAAAAUCCUUUGUUUAAUGUGCGAUAAGUAAACUAUUAAUUUAGCAACUACUGUUUCCCCAAAUCUACAGCAUAACAGCUACCUCAAUAUGAUACAUCAAAAGGCACAGUUAAAAUUAAGGUACACGAAACACUAGGGGUCCUUUUGGAGCAUCUAUAGUCAGAUCAUUUAUGAAUAAGAUUCAGAAGUUAAACACCUUUGCACACUGAGAGGCAGAAGGUCAUGUGACUUCUUAAAGGCACUUUGGUUGAGCCUCCAAGACACACAUGUGCAGAAGUUGCUGCCCCCAGUUUGGGUGAGUUGGAGCAUGACCCAGGUCUGGAAGUGGGAACAGUCACCGGCCCCGGUGACCCGCCCUGUGGAGGGCCUCCCCUGCUCCUCCGCUGCACCUGCUGGCCGAGGCAGCCUGCUCAGGGAGAGUCCCUGCCAGAUGAAGCUGGAAGCAGAUGCCUCCAGGCCGACUUAGUGGGGCGCAUCUGGGCCUCCUUGCUGCCUCUGGGCACUUCCUUCCUCGCGCUUCCUUCUUCAAGCCACAGCAGCACCAAGCACAUUUGAUACCUAGCCACUGCAUACAUGAUGGAGGGUGGUCUUUUGUUUGGUUGUUUCUGUCUCGACCCAGUGGCCACACCCAUCUCUGGAAUGUCUUGCAAAUGCCUGUUUCAAGAGGGGUACACUGUUUUGACCAACCUGCACUGCAGGUGUUCCUUGGGGUGUCACUUAAAGCCUGUCUUUUAAGUCCACAGCAGUGUGUCCAUUCAGGACAGCGAGGACAUCCCACUCUGUGGAAGUCACCAACUACGAUCGGUGCCAGCCACCGAGGGCUUACGGCUUAUUAACAAGUGUCCGUGGAAUUUUUUUCCCACGUACCCAGUCUUUAUAGCACUGGCACAGCCCGGCACCGGGUGACUCCAAAGCCAGGCUCUCUGUACUUGUUCUUCUCCUUUUAAAAAAAAAGUGGCCCAGCUUCUCUUAACUCUUGGUCCAAGCUGAUUUAUAGGGUUCCCCCUGGGAUUAAGGAUUCUUGCCAGGCUCCAAAGGUUGAGUCUACAUUUUUUGCUGGGAUAUAUAUAUAUGUGCCAUUUUAAUAGAAUUCAGGAAAAUGGUCAUUGACCCCCAGCCUGUGACACACACCAGAGUUAAGAAUAAAGGCAGUGAAACUUCCUCUGACUCAGGAUAGAGGAGAUCCAUUACAUUUCUCUGGAAACCACAAUGCAAAUUAGAGGUGAUACUGAAAGUUGAAAAGACAAUGAAUCCUCAUGCAUUAGUUUAAAGAACUGCAGAAUUCUUUCCAUUAUGCUGUUUUUGUGGAGUGAGACUCAUAAAGGCUGUGGGUGUGGCCCACAUAUCCAGACAGCAACUGAGAGGCUAGCAGCCUGAGGCCUGGGACACCUUCUCAGGUCUAGCAUGGGGCUCUCAGCAGACCAUUUGCUUCUGGACAUUUCAGUCUGAGACAAAGACCAGUGUCACCGUGUACUGCCCCACCUCGGGAAAACGGGGGUGGGGGGGACGGGGGCCCAUAUAAUGUGGCCCAGCUGAAAUACAUAUAGCCACAUCCUUUUGGAAUUCCUUGCCCAACAGAGCAGACCAAACUGCACCCAUGUUCAAUGUCACAUCUUGACUGAAGCAAUGGAGAACGUCAAGGACUGCAGUGGCCCCCCCUAGCUGUUCAUUAUUUGCCAAAAAAAAAACAAAACAAAAAAACUAAGAAACUUUUUUUUUUUUUAACAUCAGAGAUAGGGUUAACACCUGGAUCAGGUUUUUUUUUUUAUUUAAAAUAUGUUUGCUAGUUUGGGUCAAAUGUGAAGUACUUCCCCAAGUGCUUCUCCGGAGAAGGGAAUAUACUAGGCUCCUCCUCCCUAACCCUUCUCCCCACACCCAACAUCUAAACUUUGCUAAUCCUACAAACUGGGGCACCGUGGAGACCAGUGCAGGGACCCGCCCUCCACCAUGAGCCCGGAGGUGAGGGCUCUUGGCCCCAGGGGGUCCUCCGGCCUCAGCAUGGCCUCCUCAGGGCAGGAAGGUCAAGGUUCGGGCCCUGAAGACAAGUGAGUGACCAAUCUUUCCAAAGUAAAAUCAUUCACUUUUGGAAACUAUCUUUUCUUUUUAAAAGCACAGAUAUCUGUUCUUUUUUUCAGGCCUAAAAAAAAACAAAGGAAAAAAAAAAAGAGUACCUCACAAUAGAUGAAUACCACUCAGUACCCUUUCCAGUAAGGUCACAGUCAUUGUGUUUGUCAUUUUUCCUACACUGUAUGGUAAAAUGAACUAUGUUAAUAUCUAUAUCUUAAAUACUGUGAUUCAAGUUUAAGAAAAAUUUUAGUGUAUUUUACUAACUUACAAUCGUGCAUCUAAUAACAAAGAUUUGGAAUCUUUUGAAAUCAGUAUUAGUUGACAUAUACUCUUAGUAGCCUGGCUCAUGGAACCUACUGGAAACACAAAGGAUGCUGGAAUAUAAGUGACGUACAGUUGCACAUACAUGUGCACACACACACAGCUUUUUGUUACCUUCGUCAUGAGUCACAUGCGAGCACAAGCAAGUCUGUCUUCACCGUCUCUUCUGGCAAGGGGGCCAGAGACCCAGGUCCGGAGUCACUAACUGCUCCCAGCAGUGACCUGCUAAAGACCUGAACUAUUCCUGGGUUGUGGGUCACAGUCUCUUCUUCACGGAGUUAUUACCUGUGGGUUAUUACCAAAGCACUCAGGCAAUCCAAAAUCUUCGGGUGGCAUAUUUUGCACCGGUGGUUCUCUGGCAGCCCCCAGAUGGCCCAGCCCGAAGCAUACAACAGAAACCACAGACCCCGUGAGGCUCCCGUGGGUCGUUCACAGUAUCUCAGCAGAACUUCUUGAUGUCCACAGGGCCAUGGCACCGAGAGUGUCUGACUGACACGUGUCAGAACAUCAGAUGGAUGCAGAUUUCCAAAGCAAGACUGAGCUUGGUUUCUUGGUGUGUUUGUUACCACUCUGGUGCCUUAUACUCUCCAAGUAUUCAGGAGCUGACAGACCCCUUGUCUUCAUACUAAACAGGAGCAGUUCCAAAGCAGAUCUUUUAGAGCAAGCAGGUUCUGGGGUUCUCUCUCUGGGUCUGGGAGGGGGCAUCCAUCCAGGGCCUCAGGGAGCAGGGGCGUGCACAGAAGAGCAAAUGGAAUCUUCCGAGUCACAUUAACCGAUAGCGGUUCCAAGCAAUUAAAAAAUGACUAUAACUUUAAUUUUUUAAAAAAAAUCUUCGGUCUUAUUCUGUUUCCUGCUAGGAGAUUGAAUUGAUCACAUAUUUUAAUAUCCUGAAUUUAUGGGAAUGUACAGGUUUGGAAUGUCCUACUGUAAGACUGAUGAAUGUCAGGAGUUAAUUUCAGGGUACAGUGUUGCCUUAAUGGUUUUAAAAAAUAAAACUAUUUUUUAAAA